AGGUGGGCGGGGCCGGCUGUUGGCAGCAGUUGGCGGGGCCGGGUGGCGGCUGCACGUGCGGGCGGGGGCGAUGCGUCACUGACCGGUGAGGCGAGGCUCAGGGGUCGCGGUUCUCCGGGUGCCUGAGACCAAGGCCGUCCUCAGUUGGGACCUAACGCGAGGGGAGCCUGGGAAGAGGUGUCACGACGAGGAACAAGGAUGAAUAUGACUCAAGCCCGGCUUCUGGUGGCUGCAGUGGUGGGGUUGGUGGGGAUCCUCCUUUACGCCUCCAUCCACAAGAUCGAGGAAGGACACCUGGCCGUGUACUACAGGGGAGGAGCUUUACUAACUAGCCCCAGUGGACCAGGCUAUCAUAUCAUGUUGCCUUUCAUUACGACAUUCAGAUCUGUGCAGACAACACUACAAACGGAUGAAGUUAAAAAUGUGCCUUGUGGAACAAGUGGUGGAGUCAUGAUCUAUAUUGACCGAAUAGAAGUGGUUAAUAUGUUGGCUCCUUAUGCAGUGUUUGACAUUGUGAGGAACUAUACUGCAGACUAUGACAAGACUUUAAUCUUCAAUAAAAUCCACCAUGAGCUGAACCAGUUUUGCAGUGCCCACACACUUCAAGAAGUUUACAUAGAAUUGUUUGAUCAAAUAGAUGAAAACCUGAAGCAGGCCCUGCAGAAAGAUUUAAACACCAUGGCCCCAGGUCUCACUAUCCAGGCUGUGCGUGUUACAAAACCCAAAAUCCCAGAAGCCAUAAGAAGAAAUUUUGAGUUAAUGGAGGCAGAGAAGACAAAACUCCUUAUAGCUGCACAGAAACAAAAGGUUGUGGAGAAAGAAGCUGAAACAGAGAGGAAAAGGGCUGUUAUAGAAGCAGAGAAGAUUGCACAGGUGGCAAAAAUUCGAUUUCAACAGAAAGUGAUGGAGAAAGAAACUGAAAAACGCAUUUCUGAGAUUGAAGAUGCCGCGUUCCUGGCCCGCGAGAAGGCAAAAGCAGAUGCUGAGUACUAUGCUGCACACAAAUACGCCACCUCAAACAAGCACAAACUGACCCCAGAAUACCUGGAGCUCAAGAAGUACCAGGCCAUUGCUUCUAACAGUAAGAUCUACUUUGGCAGCAGCAUCCCUAACAUGUUCGUGGACUCCUCUUGUGCUUUGAAAUACUCUGAUGUUAGGACUGGAAGAGAAGGCUCCCUUCCCCCUGAGGAGGCUCUUAAACCCUCUGGAGAGAGCCCCAUCCAAAACAAGGAGAACACAGGUUGAUGCAAGAGGUGGAAAUGUUCUCCCAUAUCAAGACGUGACCCAAGGGGCUAAGUGGGAACAGUGGUUAUAUGGACACUUAUGAUUCACAGAGAAUUUGUGCUCUGUUGUGAUUCUCUUGUCAUAGUCCUGGUUUGCCAGCUGACUACAGGAUAGAUCCAGCUGUCUGCCACUCAAAUGGUCUCUGCAACCACAGUUUUAUCAAGUAUCCUGUAUGAGUUCAUUUGUAAACCAGUACUCAUGAAUGAGGGAAAGUCUGAUGCUAAGAUACUGCCUGCACUGGAAUGUCAAUCACUAUAUAACAAGCUGUGUUUUUUAAAAGCUGAGGUCUAUUGAAUAAUGUUUACAUUGGUCCCUGGGGACAUGUGUGCUCAGACAUUCAAAAACUAGGAGGCCAGAGAGAAGACCUUCAGAAAACGGUAAGUUAAAGAAGACAAGUGUCAUCAGACACAUGGGACCCAGGCUCUCUUUAAAGUCUAGUCCCAGCAUUCCUCCAUGUGAUUAACAGCCAGACCUCUGGGUUCCUAGGAAAUUAUCUUCCAGUUGAACAACCAUUUACUUGAUACAAAUUGUACCUUUCUGUUUUUCUAUAGUCAGGUUGGUGGCCUGCAGGGACACGCACUUUGCCACCCAACCAGAGGUUCCUCGCAGAGAUUCCCAGUCACUAGUUUAUUGCAUUAGUAGACUCAGAGAUCUAGAAAGCAGCUGAAAUUUAAGGGAGAUAAAGCCUGCGCUGCACCAAAGCUGUAGGGCCCUGUGUUUCCUCUAUUCAGUGAUGUCAUCAACCUCACUGCCCCAGUCCAUGUGUGACUAAAGUACCUGGUUUUAGCCACACACAACUGCUUAGAUGUCACCUCUUGGCUGACCAAAGCUGGGACAAGGCUUUAACCAGACACAGGAGCAGUGUGCAAUAUCUACUUCACUGCAUAGUAUUAUAUCAUAAUUGCAGGAUUUUUUAUUUUUAAAACUGGACUUGGGGCACAUUCAUUCACCCCAGCACUUCUAUCUAAAGGCCAAGGUUCUAGGGCUGCCGUGGUCACUAACACACUGAUUCUCCUUAAAGUAGUUCACAAAGUGUGGAACCAAGUGACCUAGACAGUAACCUUAGUUGUCUUUGUCUCCUUCCCUGGGAUGUGGAUAUCAAAGUUGUCUUUCCAACUUUCACCUUUUCUAGGAGAUAAGAAUUCUCUUGACUUCCUGGGUAGCCAUUGAAUUUAUUUUCCAUGAGAAGAAGACAAAGUUAGCCUGUGGCUAUAGGAGCUCACUUCAUCCAGACCUUUUUGCCCAUCACAUUAACUUUCCUGGGGUAUUGCACUGCACAGGUAGACCUGAGUCUGCCCAGCUUGUUGACAGUUCGUGUGUAUACUGUGUUGAAGCCAGACAGAAAAGUAAUGGGGCCACUUCCUGAAACUUCUCGGCUGUUGAUCUCACAGCAGCUAAAGGGUUGUGCCAAACAUAUUGAGAAAGGAAAGCCCAAAUAUGAAUGGGUUUUUCCAUGGCCUUAUAGUGUAGAGGCAUUUGUAAUAUGGAGAAAAUAAUUUUUUUCAUUUAAUUAUAGAAAUUACCUUUAAAUAGAUUUUGUGUUCUUUGGCCCUUCUUACAAGAAUUUUUAAGCUAUACAAAUACUCCUGUUAUAUUGUUGCUGCAGAUAAAUAAUGCUUGUUGUGGGAUAUCUGGAUCAUUGAGCUUUGUGCUUUCAUUCCUAGAGAUGUUUCUUCUUCCCAUUUAGUGGAAUGCUGUUGCCCCAAAGUGAUGGUUGUGGGUUUUCUUACCAGUCAUAGGCCCUGGUGAAGAACAGGGAAGCCAUUGUGAAAGAUUAAAGAAAGCACUUCCACUUGAGCUCCAUAUGGAGUGAGCUUCCCUGUGCCCACCCAGUGAACUAAGUCUGACCAUCCUUCAGGGACGUUCCUUUUGGUAAAUAUACACUGUAAUCUUUAAGUCUAAAUUUAUAUGUGAAAGUUAACUUUUUUAAAAAAAACUAAAUAAAAUUAUUUUCCUAUCAGUGA